AUGGGUGGAGGUAACGUACGGAGCCAAGGCCGCGCAGAAGCGUGCCCGCAACGCAAAGGAUGCUGCCCCCAAGGCCGCUUCUCAGCUCAAGAGCAACGAGAAGGCCAUGAACAUCAUCUGCAACAUCUGCAAGCAGACCUUCCUCUCGACCUCCCGCAAGCCCCAGCUCGAGCAGCACUCCAGCAGCGGCAAGCACGCCGGGAAACACACGUUUGA